AUACCCUCCCGCGGAGUCACCUCUCCGUCGCGCGCGCAGCCAUCUCCGCCGCCGCCGACGCGACGACCGAUCCCGGCCGGCCGCUCAGUCUCCGAGUGGCUCCGGCGAGGGUAGGGUGUGCGACGCUCCGCGCGCGGUGAGACCGAGCGCCGGCUGAACGGACGGAGAGCGCUGACUGUUGUUUGUUCGCACCGACUCCGCAGCGCACAAUGGACGCCGAUUUUAUUUGCGCGCUCCGGAAUGCGUGUGCGUGAAUCGGCGGGCGACGGAGAGCUGAGAUAGUACGGGAUCGACGGAGGACGAGCGUCAAAGAGGAGCGGGAUCAGCUGAAAGAUGUGGUCGCGGGUCCUCUUGGUCUCGGUGCUGGCGGCCGCCCUGACCCCGGGUCAGGCCGGGUGCCCCCAGGGCUGCUCGUGCGGAUCGGACGAGCGGGGUCGGAAACAAGUGGUAUGUGAGAGGGGCGGCAUGACCGACUCAUCCAUCUUCAACUACAUCGAAUUCGAUACUAGGGUUCUGCGGGUGACCGCCCCAGCCGUGUACCCGAACCAGCUGGCCAUCGGCCCCACGUUCCGCCGCUUCCGGGCGUUCAUCGAAGAGAUCACCAUCACACACUCGGGUGUGCCGGCCAUCGGCGCCAACUCCUUCUUCGGACUGAUCCUGCUCAGCAAACUGGACCUGUCGCACAACCUGCUGACCAACCUCGACCAGAACCACUUCAGAGGUCUGGAGAACCUGCGCUUCCUCGACCUCUCGCACAAUCGGAUCGCCUCGGUGCCGAGCGGAGCGUUCCGCUACAUGCCCAAGCUGGAGACGCUGAACCUGUCGGAGAACGCGCUGCCCGGCCUGGCGCCCAGCAUGUUCAUCGAGCUCGGGAGGCUGCGCUCGCUCGACCUCAGCGGGAACUCGCCAUCGUCGCUCGACCCGGACGUGUUCAAAGACGUCCGUGAGCUGCAGGAGCUGCGCUGCGCGCGCUGCGACCUCACCAAGAUCAGUCCCAAGCUGUACCAGAUGGUGCCGCGUCUCCGGGUGCUCGACCUCAGCGACAACCACCUGUCCAUUCUGCGACCCGGAGAGUAUGUCCAGUUGCGCGACUUGAGGGAGCUACGUCUGGCCGGCAACCACUUCGCCUCGGUGGACUCUCUGCCGUUCACGGGGCACAAGCUGCGCGAGCUCGACCUCAGCCGCAAUCAGUUAGCCGAGCUUCCCGAUGACGUCUUCCGUGACGUCACUGUGCGCCACCUGGACCUGUCACGGAACAUGCUGACAUCUCUGCCGGAGGCGGUGUUGCGUCCCCUCGGCGGUCACCUGCACUGGCUUUCCCUGUCCGGUAACCAGCUGCCGCAGAAGGAUAUCGAGGCGCUGGGAAGCAUCGCGCCUCACCUGCAGCAUCUGAGUCUGGCCGACACGGGCAUCCUGUCUCUCUCAGACAGCCUCUGGUCGUCGCUGCCAAAGCUGAUCUCGCUGAACAUGUCGGCCAACUACUUGCUGUCCCUCUCGGACCACAUGUUGCGGCAUCUGCACCGGCUGCGGCGACUGGACGUCAGCGACAACCAGAUGGCACAGCUGGGGCCAACGGUGCUCCACCAGCUGGCCAGGCUGGAGCACGUGCGCAUGCACGGCAACCCGUGGGCUUGCGACGAGUGCCGAGUGGUGCCGCUCCUCAACUGGCUCAACGGCGAGGCGAGACAUCUGGACCUCUGCGGUGGACAGCGGCCCUGUAUCAGGUGCUCCGAGCCGUCGCACAUGGCCGGUCUGGAGGUGCGCAAGCUGAACGCCUCCGCACUGCCCCCGUGCGGCCCGUCCUCGGAGGUCUCCCGGGCCGAGCAGUGUCGCCUGGAGCAGCAGCGCGCCUCGGACGGCGGCAGCGCCCGGCUGGAGCGGUACUGUGCCGCCGUGAUGACGCAGCCGCCGUCCUCUUCGGCGGCCACCUCGCAGCUGGGCGUCAUCGUCGGCUGUGUGCUGGCGCUGCUGUUGCUGACGGCCGUCAUCCUGGCGCUGCUCGUCUACAACAGGCACAGCGCCAUCUACUACACACACGAGGACGAGCGCGAUGACGCCGACGUCUACCAGAAGGCCGACGUCAACAAGAACAAGAAGCGAGUGCGCAUCGCGACGAUUGACGAGAUGAACGGCAAAGAUGAGAGCCCGUUCGUGGACGAUGAGCGGCUGGGGGAGUUCCAGAAUGGGUAAAGUGGUGGGGAGUGCGACGAGGGGUUCCCCGUGAGCGCGAAAACGUCAGAUUCUCCAACUAGGGAAUCCAGACGAAAGACGCCUAUGAUGUUGCGGGGUUAAACCUCAGGACGCUGAGUCAGAUAUCAUGUCAAUGUGCCAGUGCGCGAACCACGGACGCUUCCACGAGUCACAACUGUGGCAAUCGCAGCUUCCAUGGAUUGCUGUCAUGAACAGAGACGCUGCAUCAGCGCGAAACAGUGGACGCUGAUUACAGACGCGCACUGCGAACAUCUGUUCAAUCGUGAAUGUGGACACGGAGCAUGCGCGAAGCGUUGAUGAGGGCGACGGUCUUCUCUCUCGCAAAGAGAUAUUCAGAUUCACUAGUCGCGGGAACAGAGUAGCUGCCGGCCUGCUUCCCGCCGAUGUACCUUGAUGUUUGUUUAUCAUUGUCGCUAGCGGUAGUGACGUGUAGCUGAAGAAGUUUUUCAGAGGCUUUACCCUCCCAAUGGAACCAUGCCACUCGACGUGCCCUGGUUUCGCCUCAUGUGUUCUGUUGGCAAGGAUGGAUGGGUAAGAAUCUGAUAUUUUAUUCUUACUUAUGUUGCAAGUGACGUGCUUAUGUAAAUGGCAGGCUGCGUGUUUUUUACAGCUUAGUCAAUCGCUAGCCUGUUUGAUACCGUGUCGUUGAUAGAUGAUUGAUGGGUGCGAACUGUGAGAACGAUGCAUGGCGAUGAGUGCGACCUACUUGAGUGUCAUUUGAUAUACCCUGACGUCCCUGACCAAAAGCGUAACAUUUAGCUCCAUAGUGCUCCCUCAGCUCUCAAGAGUAAAUUGCAUGUUUAUAUGUAUUUUCAGCCACCCUUAUGAGUUCAUGCAUCUCAUCAGCUGCCUAAAAAUCUCACUGCCAUGAUCUCACACUGGCAUUCUUACUACUUCAUGGUGAAGUUUUACCACCUCUGCUAUCCCACUUGCCAUCUCGCCCCUGGGUCCUUACAAUUCCUGACAUGAUCUGGUCCACGCCAGCUGACCUCCGUACAGCUCAGCUUCGCCAGCUGAUUCCGACAGCCGACAGAUGCGACAAUCUCGGCGCAAUUUGUCUCCGUUAGUGCCGCUGUUUUUGUCUCGCCCGGGUAUCCUUUCGGCCCAAAGCCACAACCGAGAGCUGCGAGAAGAUUUCCUCUGUCGCUAGCACGCCCUUUUGUGGAUGGUGACGGCUAAGCUGACUCUAGACGAAAAUGGCACGGCAGAGACAUCAUCUAAUUUAUUUGACAGAUGACAAUCCUGUAUAAAAACGCUGCUACUGAGGACUGUAUCACGUGCAUGUGUUCACGGCUGAGCUAGGUCAUUUGGUAUCGCCGCAUCGGUCGGGGUGGUAUAUGUAAGUGUUCUAUCCCAUCGUUCUGCAAUACAUGAAUUAAACCGUU